AUGAAUCCUAUAAAGCUAAAUAUUAAACCUUAGCAGAUUAUUUCAGAUUAAAAUGUCGUAAGUCCUAAUUUCAGAGUUAGCUAAGGGAUUGUUUCGAUAUCAGAAUCUACUCCAAUUCUGAGAGUACCUACUUCUGUUUAGUAGAUUAAAAAAAAUAUUAUCUUUUAACAACCAUAAUAGCAAAUGCAAUUGUAAGAUUUGUCACCACAUUAGCUUUCAGGAUCUAAUCUAAUGCUCAAAAGAUCAAACUCUAACUAACUAAAAUAGCUAAGAUAUGAAGAUAGGAGAACUCCUCAAAAGUCUAAGCAAAGGUUGCCAGAUAUCAAUAGCAGUAAUAAUAACAAUAGUAAUAGCGUUAUAAAUUAAAAAAAGACUAGCGGUUUUAGUAAUUUACUGUAACAAAAUAAAAGAGUAGAAACUUCUCCCAUACAGUCUGCCAAGAACAUUUACUCAAAUCAAUCUACUAUCAGUUUAUUAAAUAAUCCUUUGAAUAAUUCUUUAAUUACAUCUGAAUUGUAAGAAAUUUUCGUUAAAGAAAAAGAUGAGAGAUUUAGAUAUCUUAUGAAGCACGGUUCCUUGAAAAAAAUUGAAAAUAACGGAGGUAUCAUAUUUAGUGAGCUAUAGCAGAUUCCUGGAAUAUGGGUCUGCUACAGAAGACCAUCAGUAAGAGAAUAGCAAAUAGAAAAACUAAACUUAGACAAAUUAGAAUUAAGCCACAUUCCGUUAUUAGAGGGAGAAGAAAAGCUAAAGAUUCUAAGCUAUUAGCAUAAUAAAAUAGUAAAAGUUGAAAAUUUAGUUAGUCUGCCAAACUUGCUCUAUCUUGAUUUGUAUAAUAACAAUAUCAAAGAGAUAGAAAAUUUGAACUCGUUAGUUUAAUUAAAGGUUUUACUUUUGCCUAAGAAUUAAAUUCAAAAAAUUAAAAAUAUCGAAAUGCUCUAAAAGCUGGAAGUUUUAGAUCUCCAUUCUAACAAAAUAGCUAAAAUAGAAGGCGUUCAUAAGUUAAUAAACUUAAAAGUUUUAAAUCUUGCUAAUAAUUUGAUUUAAAAAGUUGAAAAUUUAGAAAACAACAUCACUCUAACUGAGCUCAACUUAAAAAUAAAUCUUAUUGAUAAUCUUUUAAAUUUUAGCUAAUUUCCAAGACUUUCUAAGCUUUAUUUAUCAAAUAAUAAAAUAAAUGAAUUCAACAAAAUCAAAGACAUUAAAUUAUUAACAUAACUAAAUGAACUCAAUUUAGAAGGAAAUCCAAUAUCCAAAUAGAGACCUGAGUACUUAUUAAAUAUAUUAGAAAUCCUACCAGAAUCAACUUCAAUUAUUGACCAUAAAUCAGUCGCACAAUUCAAAGAAGAAUUAGAUUCGCUAUAAAAUUAACUAAAAACUAUCAAAUAAUAACCGAAGCUGUAAAUCAAUAAUGAAAAGAUUUCAAAUAAUGUAAGUCUAUAGGAUCAAAUAAAUUUAUAAUCUAAUAACAACAGAGAAUCUACUCCAGCUAAAAAUAUUUUUAAAAAUGAUAAAGACACUAAAGAUGUUUAAAGUGCUAACAAUAUAAAUGAAGAUAUGUAACCUUAAGAGGUAAUUAAUGUGAUAAAAUAGUAAUGGAUAGAAGAAGAAAAAAGAGUUAAAGAACUUGAUGCCCAGUCUGCAUAGCGUAAAUCUUAUCUAAAAAAUAGUAAAAUAGAAGGAGGUCAUGCUGAAAUAGAGGAAGAUGGUACUUACUCUCUUUAUGUAUAUGGAAACGCUUAUGAAAUAGUGCUAUCAAAUCCAUUAUUCUAAGAAAAUAUUGAAAGAAUUCAGCUUUAAUAUAUACUAUUUGACAAUUUAGUGGAGAAUAAUGUAUUGAGUUAAAUAAAGAACUUUAAAAAGUUAAAAGAAAUUAUUUUAAAGGAUAAUCACAUAACAUCUCUUUUGUAGCUAGCCAAACUAGAGAUGCUUUAAAAUUUAAAGUUUUUGACAAUUGAGAAUAGUGUUUUAAACAAAUGCUCCUUUUUUAAAGAGUUUGUUGUAUAUAGAUUUCCAUUUAUCUAAAAAUUCAAUGGCAAAGAAAUCAGAGACGUAGAUAAAUUGAAAGCAAAGUAGAUAUUUAAUAAUUUUGAUAAAAUUUUGCAGUUGCCAGAUAAAUACUAUAACAUAUCCUAAAUAAGAGAGUAUGCUAACGACUAGUAAACAAAGAAAGAUAAGCAAUAUGUAAAGGUGUUUACUAAAACAGUUAGUAGUUAAGCAGAAGAAUUUGUAUCAAAUAUACUUAGCAGCCAUGUUGUAGAAGAAUAUGAAGAAUAAUAAUGCUUUGAUUAAAAUUUAGAUCUUUAUAUUUUAGAACUGUUAGAUGAUAUUGUAAAUUGA